AUGGACAGAGCCAAGAUUAUAGACGAUACUAUCUAGGUAAUCAAUAUCAACAAAGAUGGCAAGUUCUUUGAAAAAGUUUCAAGAAUUGAGGCAAGAUCUGAAGUAAACAAACUUGAUAUACAACUCGAUGUAAACACUGACAUCUAUCCCAUGGAAAAAGACGCUUACUAUGCUAUGUGUAUUGCUUCCUCUGUUAAUACUGACGGCUCUGAAGACUUUGACAUUUUCAGAUAUCAGCACGAGGGUUCAAGCGGCCCUGAUGGUCUUGGUAGUCUCCUUGAUCAGUAUUAAUAUGUGAUGCAUGGUAAAGUCUUCAAGUACACAAUUGAUAAUGAUAAGAUAUCUGUAUUCAUCAGCUAUGGAGGUUUAUUGAUGAGCUUAACUGGAAGUUUGAAAGACUUGAAGAACUUAGAAAUCGACUCCAGAGUCUACCUUUUACUUAAGAAGAUUUGA